AUGGAAACACAGCUGCUUUCUCGAUUGCGGGGUCCAGCACUUGCGCCAGAGGACCUGGAUAGUAUUGCUGCGUCCAUUCGCAGCAGUCCAACUGUACGGUUGGCCCUUGCUGGUGUCAAAGCUUUUGGUCGCCAGGGGCGGUGGCAAGAAAGCCUCAGCUUCCUGGACUCCUUGCAUGAAUGCCACUUGCAGCGGCACCUCUACUGCUACAGCGCGGUCAUGAGCUGCCUCGAGGAGCCCGGCAAGUGGCAGCAGAGCCUGGCCUUGCUUUGUGAGUUUCCGAGUUUAGCUGUGCAGCCCGACGACAUGGCAUUCAAUGCGGCCAUCCGUGCCUGUCAGGGCGAAUGGGUGCAGGCAUUUCAACUUCUCGAGCUAAUGCGAGCACAGCAGCUACAGCCAACUGCCAUCACGUUCACUGCCUGUGCCAAUGCUGCUGCUGCUGCUGCUGCCUCAUGGCCAGCUGCUCUUGCAGCUUUGGAUGAGGCAAGAAAUCUUCAGCUGCAAAUGGACGUCAUCCUCUUCUCGACUGUUUUGAAGUCCUUGCCUGGCGAGGCCUGGACAAGGGCGUUGCACCUCUUGCAGGACUUGAGGAGAUCGCUACAAGUUGACGGUGUGGCAUAUGCAGCUGUGCUCGCAAGCUGUGAGAAGGCUUCUGAGUGGACUGCGGCUUUAUCUUUGCUGUGUGAAGCUGUAGAGCUGGCGCUACAAUCGGAUUCAUUUUCUGCUGCUGUGAUCAGUGCCUGCAGCAAGGCUGCUGAGCAGUGGCAACGGGCCCUUCUGUUGUCACAGAAUGAGACCGCAAGUGCAAUCAAGUCGUUGGAGAAGGGCAAUCGAUGGGAAUCUGCACUAGAAUUGGUCAGCAACAUGAAAGGCAUGCAGUUGCAGGUCAAUGAGAUUGUCUACAGCGCCGUCAUCAGUGCUUGUGAAAAAGGUGAACAAUGGCAAUGGGCAAUGUCCUUGCUUCAAGAGAUGCAGCUCGAGCAGCUACAUCCUGUUGUCGGCUACAGCUCGGCCAUCUCAGCCUGUGCGAAGGCAAGCAGAUGGCUGGAGGCACUUGCAGUUUUGACGCAGAUGUCUAGCCAGCAGCUGGAAUCUUCAUCAGUUGCCUUCAACGCAGCCAUCAGCGCAUGCCGGAGAUCUUGGACUCAAGGCCUGUACUUGUUGCAGACGAAGCGGCUGCUGGCGCUGGAUCUGCAGGGCAUGAACUUCGGCUCAGUGGUAAGCGCUAUGAAGGGAAGCAGCCAGUGGCAACGAGCGGGCCAGCUCCUGGCGGAGAUUUGGCACAUUUGGGGCACCGAUCGAUUGCAAGGACCUUUGGGAGCUCUGGAAGGUGUUGAAGUCUUGGCUUCAGCGCCAGGUCUCAUUGCAGUGUUCAAACCUUCAGGUGUCAGCACGGAGGAGAUCCUCGGCCCAUUGCCUGUAGCUGCAGUGUCACGGCUGGAUAAGCCCACAUCAGGUGUCUUGGUAGCAGCUCUUGGCGAUGAAUCAGCCUUUCACUUGGCAAGUGCACAGUUUGCUGCACAGUCCGUCAAAAAGGAGUACAUUUGCCUUUGCCAUGGAUUUUUGGGUCCACCUGGAGGACAGGGCCGCACAAAGCAAGCGCUACGGCGCUCUUCGCGUGGCCCCAUGGAAGUGGCGAAAGGAGACGGACAAGACGCGGAGACGGUCUAUGAGGUGCUGGAGGUCUUUAAAGGGCCCUACACAUUGCUCAAGGUCAUUCCAAAGACCGGACGACGGCACCAACUUCGAGUUCAUCUUGCGAGCAUGGGAAGGCCCAUUGUUGGAGAUUUGCUUUAUGGAUCUGCUCGGGAGAACGACUGCGGUCUCUUCCUCCACUGCCAGUGCGUGGCCUUGCAAGAUGCUGCCGGAGGGGACUUCGUCGUGGAAGCGCCGUUGCCUGCAGAGCUUUGCAAGAUCCUGGAGGGUCUCAGAGAGAGCCAAAUGUCUGGAAGUGAUCCGGGAGCAGAACUCUGA